GAAGAAGCAAACGUCAUAACGCUGCGCUGCAUUUUCGUGUGUGAGGGGAUUCGACUGAAGAAAGGGACAGAGUGUCCAAACAAACAGAAAAAACUCCUGGUGAAGCAGCUGAGAUCCACGUGACACAAGAUGGCGUUGAUUAAAGAGGAGAGUGAAGAAAUUAAGAUUGAAGAAGUUUUCAGUUUGAAACAAGAAGAUACUGAGGAACAAAUAGACCUGCUGGCGCUGAAAGAGGAGAGUUCCAAGGAAUUGGAAGAGAAAGAUCAUGAUUUCAUGACUGGAAAAAAAUCUCCACCGAUUAAACCCUCACGGAAAAGAGCUAAAAAGACAGGAAUUAAAAAGAAUUUGUCCUGCCAACAGUGCGGAAAGAGUUUUGAUCAACGUGCAAACCUUAGAGUCCACAUGAGAAUUCACACUGGAGAGAAACCUUUCACCUGCAAACAUUGUAAAAAGAGUUUCAAUGAAAAAGGAAAUCUUAAUGUUCACAUGAGAAUUCACACUGGAGAGAAGCCUUACACCUGCCAACAAUGUGGAAAGAGUUUCACUCAAAAAGGAAAUUUUACAAACCACUUGAGAAUUCACACUGGAGUGUACCUUUUCAACUGCCAACAAUGUGGAAAGAAUUUCAGUGAAAAGGGAAACCUCAAAGUUCACAUGAGAAUCCACACUAGAGAGAUCUCAUUCACCUGCCAACAGUGUGGAAGGGGUUUCACUCAAAAAGGAAACCUUCAAAAGCACAUGAGAAUUCACACCGGAGAGAAGCCUUACGCCUGCAAACUCUGCCAGAAGAGCUUCACACGGGAACUAGGCCUUAAGUACCACAUGCAAAUUCACACUGGAGAAAAGCCGUUCAAAUGUUGUAGGUGUGGAAAGAGUUUUGCACGUAAAGAGACUCUUGAGGACCAUAUGAGAAGACACACUGGUGAAAAGCCGUUCACAUGUGUUCAGUGUGGGAAGAGUUUUGUAGGAAGACAAAACCUUAAUAAGCACAUGAGGAUUCACUCAAGAGAGAACGGUUUUAAAUAUCAUCAUUGCGGAAGUGGUUUCAAGGACAUGAAUUGCCUUAAGAAUCGUGCAAUAACUCACUCUGAAGAAAAGCCUUUUCUAUGCGAUCACUGUGGAAAGAGUUUUACAAAUAAAGGAAAGCUUAAAGCUCACACGAGACUUCACAAUGGAAAGAGGCCUUUCACAUGUCUUCAGCGUGAGAAAAGUUUCACAAAUCUAAGAGACAUGAAACGUCAUUUGCAAAUUCCAUCUGGAGGAAAGAAAUUGGAUUGUGAGAAGUGUAAUAAAAAAUGUCUCUUGCCAGUACAAUUACAGAUACACCGGAAAAGUCACGCAGAUUUGAGACCCUAUUCAUGUUCUUUGUGUGGAAAGAGUUUCAAAUGGUUUAGCAAUUUAAAAUGGCACCAGAAAAUUCGUAUCUGUGUGAAAUUGAGGCUUCGUUCAAGCCGUAGAUGAAUGUGGGCCAAAUCAGUUUUUUUUCCCCUCGAUGUUUAUUUGUGACAUCCAUAACUAUGUUUUCAGUGGUAUAUAAAGAACUGGCUUAAUAAACCGUAAUGUUUUUAUUACCUUAGAAUGAGACAUUUAUAUCUCCAUAACAGCAGGAAUCCCCUUCAAUGAAGGUCGCCAUAUUGUGACGUCAUGUUUCUACUGUAGCCAAAUGCGAACAAACAUCGCUACAGAACGCGUUUCAUCACUACCUUGAAAGAGAAGCAACUGAAAGCUAGAAGCCAUAAACUCCGUGAGUAGUGACUUUUCCCUGGUGAGUGGUGUAAAAUAUGUAGUUGGGAUUGUUUCAUGUAACUUAGUUCUCCCUCGCUGUGUAAUGGGUUUGUUGUGUGGGGAUAAAUGUGCUGUUACGUUCAUGAUUCAGCUAAUUAGUACUCACAUCAUUGACCGUAAAACAGUAAUGUUAAAGGAAUCACUAACCCGUCAAUCUUGUAAGAGAUCUAAGUCGAUCGCGAAGAGUUUUCAAAAUCAGAGAAAAAGCCUAUUGUGUGUAUUAAAUGGUGUCUAUGGGAUGCGGAGGUGAAUGCACUGUUACAAUAAUGUCAUUUUUGCCGCACGCAUAUUUGGACUCAUGCAGACGCAUCGAGUGUAAACAAAGCUACGCUUUAACCAGUUCAGGACUGUCCACAGUAACAGCUCAUAUUAGCCAGCUAAACUUUUACUACCCUGUUAGAAAAA